AAUAAAGAAGGAGGAAGAGCGGCUGGUCGGGGUUAGAUGUCCAGCUGAGAGCGAGUGGGAGCAGCGGGUCGGGAGGGGCGGCCGCCGCUCGUCGCUAUUUUCACGAUUUUCGCUCCAAGAUUAACGAAAUUUCAAAUUCUUUAAGUGGGAUACUUUCCUGGAUUAGUUUUUUUUGUCUUUCUUACUGAAGGGAAUGUUAUAAAUUAUAGAUAUAUGUGCGGUAAAUACAGGAUCGACUAUUGUAUGACAUCCUACUUAUAAUUAUAUUUUUAUUUGAAAUAAAAUUCUUGAUAAUUCGGUGUGCUGAUAUAAUAAGGAAAUUGUAGCAAUUAUUACAUGCGCCAUUUUUUUCAACCAAAGUAGUUCAUAUAAGAAAAUAUGUUGCUAGGAGAGCAGAAUAAAGAUUUUGAAUCUAUUUUAUUAAUUAAGAAGUUAAUUUCUGAGAGUUAAAAAGAUAUGGGAUAUUUCAUAUUGAUAAUGAGAGUAAAUGUUGUCUGUGAUGAUAUCAAUCUUAUUUUGAUACUCCGGAAUAGUUUCCCAUCAACAAGUUUCUCUCUGAGGCAUUGGCGUAAUUAUCAAUUUAAGUAUCAAUUGCUUCCGACUGUAUUGUUAUAAAUAGAACUGUUCUUUGAUGUCCUGUACACUGCAUUGAGUUUGUUUUGUUAUUUUGUUUACCUAAAAGCAUUAUUAUCAAAUUUUAGACUUCUUGCUUCUUGCAGCUAGUCUCCAACUUGUACUAACCCCCCAACAACGACAUGAAUAACAACGGCACUUUAACAACACGUAUGAUGCCACCAUCACCAAAUAAAUCAAAAAGUGUCCACAAGUCAUCAGGAAAACUCUUCCGUCAUAAGGACAAGGAACGGUCUGGUAGUAGUGGAAGCAGCAGUGGAAGUAGUGGCAACAAUGGGAGUAGUAGUAGCAGCAGCAGUACCAGCAGCAACAGCAGCAGUAGCAGCUGCAACAACAGCAGUGGCAAAAGGGAUGAUCCAAUGGAACUCAAAGAUUGCCCGUUGACUCUACCGGUGGUUGGUGCCUUGGACCAUACCAGGUCAUUACCUCGUUACACAGCCUUGCUAAGAGGUGGCUUCGUAUCCUCCUCAGUGGUGAAUGCGGAAGGGGUUUCCAUGGAGGAGCUCGACGGACUCCAGCUUGAGUUGGAAUUGCUGCUGUCAUCCGUCCUGGUGCGGCAGAAUGGCCUGAACAACCAGCUGAAUAUCAUCCACCAGCUGGAGAAGGGCAAAUAUGUACCCAAGACACCAGUGUCUCCUGGGAAGAAGAUGAAACGUGAUGACCCUGACAGACCAUCUAAGAAGAUGAAAGACUCCAGUGGCAAGUCUAGAGAUGUCCUAGCCUCCCCUGGCCCUCCGCCGGGUGUCAAGCCGGCCAAGGUGAAUAAAGUUAAGUGUUCCGUACAGAAAUAUGAACCAGUGUUCGAUGUGCCUGACCUUGGGCCCCCUGAGCAGCCCAAACCUCCACCACCCAAAAAUGACAUCACCAAUCGCUUCUGGGCAACUGUAGAGCAAUAUUGCCAAGAAAUCACUGUUGAUGAUAUAAAGAUGCUUGAAGAUUUGAUCAACAAUCCAAAUGAUGACAGUGAUUACUACAAAACACCUCCCCUGGGAAGGCACUAUACAUUACGCUGGGCUCAGGAAGACUUGCAAGAUGAACAGAAAGAAGGUGUAAAACUUGCAGAGGGAAAGAAGAAAAAUGUUAAGACAGAUUCUAGUAGUUCAGAUAUGUCUGAUAAAUUGUUAAAGGAAGUGGAUAUGAAUGGGUGUAAUGAUGAUGUAGCACCUUUUGGUCCUUUGACCCAAAGACUAAUUGCUGGUUUAGUAGAAGAGAAUGUUUUAGUGUCCGAUAUAGAAAAUAAAGCUGUAGAUGGUCUGGGCAUAAGUCGACCGGGGAUGAUAAGGUCACUAGGGCUGGCAAGCGCUUCCAGCCUAGAGAAACGCAUAAAGAAAGAACUUCAAGAACAAGGGGUCUUGGAGUCAGAAUAUGGAAAUGAAGACGAUGAUGAUGAAAUCCUAUCAGAAUUGAGGAGAUGUCAGGCAGAACUACGUGCAGUAUCAGCCCACAAUGCGCAGCAGUUAAGUCGUUUGCUGACCUUAGCCCGCGAAUCCUUAGUUCGCCAUGACUUGAAAAAGAAGCUACGAGAUGCAGAUCAAAAGGUUUUAGAGGCAUAUCGUACAAUAGCAGCUGCACGUCAAAAAAAGAAGACCCCCUCAAAGAAAGAUAAGGACAUAGCUUGGAAAGCCAUCAAAGAUCGAGAAGUAAUUGUUCGUCAACUUGAUUUAGCAUCAAAUAACAACUGCUAGAUGUAUCCUCACUACAUGACAGGAAGUUAGAAUGUAUGUUCUUGCAAAGUUCUUAAAUGAAGAUGUCUGGCAGAAACUCAAGAAGCCUUAUAAAUUACUGUAUUCAUGAAAAUGUAUUUAGAUAGUCAUGAUACUGAAAGAAAAGGUUUGAUUAGUGUACUGUCUGUAUGGUUUACUAAUCAUUCCAGAAGUUUGUGGACUGAGUUAUUAUCUUUUCAUACGGAGAUACUAAAAUUUACAUUGGAGGUGGACUGAAAUAAAACACACAAAAGCUUUGAUAGUGGAACAAUCUGAUAUUCAGUCAUGGAUUGAUUUGUACUGCAGUGUUAAUGCGUUUUGUAUAAGUUGCAUUGUUUCAGCUCCACCCCCUUGACUUUUUGUUUAUUAAUAUUUUAUUAUAGAAUAAUCUGAAAACGACUUUAUAAGAACAUUACUAGUAAUGUAUCAAAAGGAUUAUUUAUUUAUUUGUGAAUACUUGUGCUUGAUUUUUUAAUAUAUAUUAUUUAGGGCAAUCUUGACAAGGUCUUUGUAGGUGGCCAGGUAUUUGGAUCUGAGUAUUAUUUAUUAGAUUAAUGUUAUAUAUAUUUUUAUUAUUGAGCAGUAAUGAUCACAAUUUAGUGGUGUCUUUGAACUUCAUAUUCAUAAAACAAUUGGGUGGGGUUCUGUUUUUUUUUUUUAGAAUAAAUGUGGAUAUAUUCAGGUAUUCUUAGUAUUUAUGGAUCUAUAACCCACUUGAAGGAGAGUGGAAAUAGUCAGGAGAUUGAUUCCAAUUCCAUACUUUCACAAAUUUUUUGUACAAAAUAUAUUAGGAAUAUUUAACAAACCAUCUUCAUUCUCUUAAUUUUUUUGUAAGAUACUUUGGGAACUAUAUAUUUUUUUUAAACCCAGAUUUGAAAAACAAGAUACGAAGUGAGCCAAAGAAUUCUAAAUCUGUCGUAAUUGCUAGAUACUCCCUCUUUUUUGUUUUCUUCAGAGAUAUCUUUUAGACUUAUUCUAGUAUAAUUUGCAUUAUAGGUUUGCAAAUAACAUAUGAAAUGUAUCUGAAGCUGCUGUUUUUUGCAGUGUAAGGAUGACUGACAGGAAUCAUGUUUUAUGAUGAAUAUUAAACAUUUACAGUACUA